CACUUCUAAACUAGGUUCUAUAGAAGCUAAGAACCGUUUGGUAUUAAAUAUUAUUAACGCUAUUAAAAACAUAAACUGCAUCAACGAAAUACAGUUUAACACCAAAUAUAUGGCUAUUCCGAGAUGAACACAAUAAACAACAUUGAGGAACUUAGUUCAUUCGUUUAGCUUACAGAGUUGUUCGAUUGAACUGAUUCCAAACGAUUCUGUACAACUCUAUCGCACUGUAUAAAUGUGAAAAUUAAAAAUAUAGUUAAAAAGUGCGUUAUUCUUCAAAAGCCAUGUCAAAGUCAAGUGCAGCACGAUGGGUGAAGUUUUUCAACGCCGGGGGAAUUCCAUCCCCAGCUGCGGCCAGCUAUGCUCAUAUAUUUGUGGAGAAUCGUAUACAGGAGGACAUGCUACUCGAUCUGAAUAAGGAGUAUCUACGUGAGAUGGGCAUCACACCCAUGGGUGAUAUUAUAGCCAUACUGCGCCAUGCGAAACAAGUGAGCGACCAAAAUGUGCUCGACAAGGUACUAAUAUCGGAGGCGCCCUUGCCCAAAACCAUGUCAAAGAUCGUCGUUGGAACAGCUCCUGUGCCGCCCAGCAACAAGCAUGUGCCGCCCAGCAGCAAGCAUGUGUCAUCAUCUCCAGUUGCAGCCGGCAGCACCAACAAAGCAUCGCCACCCACAAAACCAGCGCGUCGUGUGCUGCCUGAACAUGAAGGAAAAUAUAAAGUUACUUUGCCGUCAGGCACGACAGAAAGAAGCAAGCAAAUCCUAGCAAAGCGGGAGCAGUUAUACUCGGAUCGUGUAAGCAGCACUAAGAAAACGGACGUCUUUGCACGUUUGCACAAUAGCAAGUGCGACGACGAUGCCCAGGAGGGCAUUGUCUCUAGCAGCGGGGAGAGCAACGUGCGUGUGCACAUUACUGGCGUUCAUAAGGGAUCCAGCGUACAAGUGGCGGCCACCUCUAGUAAUAACUCGGUUUUUGCACGCCUUGGCGGCAAGCAAUCCUUGGAUUCAGUGCAGCACAAUACGGGUCUUGCUAAGGAAAUAAAAUCAAUUUUAAAGAACACUCAAAGCACCAACAGCGGCAGCGGCGCCAGACGUAACACGCCCAUAGUCAAGGCUAAAAACACAGCAACUUCCGUGGUGCGUUCGCAGCAGAAGGUAAUGCUUGUCCAUAAGGUGCCAUUAAAACGUGGCGAUGAUAGCGAAGAUGAAAGCAUGGAUGACGAAGACUUAAUAGAGGCUGACAGUGAUUUUGACAGCGAAGCUGAAUAUUGUGAACAACAGGAUGUGGAUAUGGCAGCACCCGCUGAGAAAAUUGUUAAGUUCGCCUCUACUGCUGAGGUGCGAGAAAUCGCUCCACACACGCCCUACAAAGCGCGUGGAAAUAGCAACUUUGCACGUAACAUAAAGUCUCGUUUGGGCCUGGUUUCCAAAUUACACGCCACGCGUAAAACGUAUAAUCUCAAAGCGUCUCCGCCACAGAAACCCGGAGCCCGCCUCAGCCCCGUCAAGGGAAAAGCAAUACGUAUGCGCAGCGAUGAGCUGCUUACACGACAGGAUACGCUACCUGUGCACAAGCGUCUGGGCACAACUGCGCCAGCACAGCCGCCACCUCCACGCACCCAGCAGCGCGAUCAUAAGCUGAAUUCGUUUGCUCCGCGUCGAAACUCUAGCGUUAAUGCUGGGCACCGGCCAAGGGUUCAACCGAACUCCGUUUUCGAUCGCCUGGGAUUUAACAAUUCUCUGUAGAUUUUAAGACAACCAUAGUAUUUGUUUAAGAGUUCUAUUUAAUUCAGUUUAAAAGUAAAUGUUUGCAAUCACCCGUACUAACAAGUCUAUGGACUGAUAGGUCAAUUAUGAUCUGUGAAGGUCUCUACUCAGCACCAAGUAAAAACGUAGUCAUCUUAAAAUGAUAAUCAACAAUAUGAUAGUUACUUAAAUACUUCAUUGGUCGCCUCCAACUAUAUGAAAUGCUUAACUAUACUAUACAGAAGUCCCUUUGUCCCUUUUCUUGCCAAUUUGUCCAUCAGUCUUUGAGUUUUUAAAAAAGAAACAGCCUAUUUUUUUAACGGAGUUAUAGCUUUUAUUUUACUUACACUAUAAUUCAUCAUCUUAUUAUCCUUAUUUAUAUAUAAAUUUUUGUUUAAAGAUGUAUUGAGCACGAAUUUAUUUCUUGCCUUCUGUAAGUUCUAACUAAAAGCAAAGAUUACUGAGCGGCGUAAAAUCCUGUAAGCUUUUUAGCUGGAAGCUCUUUUCGAAAAUAUACGUAAUUUAUAUUGUCGAGAAAUGCCCUCUUCGGUGCAUUACAUUCUCUAUAAUAUACAAAUUAAAAAUUUGUUUUUGCAUACAGA